GUUUCCACUGUAGUGCUGCAUUUUGAUGUCGCCCAGCGGAUACACAAACUGCAAGCUCCGACCUCGCGUUCAGUCACUGUUUUUAAUGUCUAAGAAGCAUCAUGACAUCCGCUAAGCAGUGGCUGGCCGGAUUUGCGCUCCUGUGUAUUUAUGUUGCAGCUGAAUCGAAAAGGAAUUUCAAAUGUCCUUCAGGAUGCUCCUGCACAAAGGAGACCAUCAUCUGCGUCGGCACUUCACAGAUCCCCCAUAAUAUACCGAAAGAGAUCAACUCACUAAGCAUGGUUAAUGGAUCUAUUGCGGAAAUUACAGAGGGGAUGUUUUCGCUUAUGCCUUCUAUUCAGCUGCUGCUUCUUAAUGCAAAUUCUUUGACCACAAUCAAAGAUGAUGCUUUCUCUGGUCUGCCUCAUCUAGAAUAUUUAUUCAUUGAAGGGAACAAGAUAGAAACAGUCACCAAAAAUGCUUUUCGUGGUCUACGAGGUUUGACUUAUCUCUCCCUGGCAAAUAACAAGAUAAGGUUUCUGCCGAGAGAUCUCUUUUUUGACUUGGACUCAUUGCUGGAACUAGAUCUGCGAGGCAACUCUUUCCAGUGUGGCUGUGAGAACAAGUGGCUGAUGACGUGGCUGAAAAACACAAAUGCCACAGUAUCAGAUGUCUUCUGCGCAAGCCCCAGUGACAUGAAGGGCAAGAGGCUCAAUGACCUUCCUAUUCCACCAGGCGAAUGUAUUUCCACAGACUUUGUGCGUCAUCAGUCCAUUCCCAUUCAGUCCAUGUCAGCAGACAUCUUCUCCUUCAAAGAGGACAUCUAUGUAGCGAUGGCUGCCCCAAACUCCAACAGCUGCGUUAUCAUGGAGUGGGAUCACAUUGAACUGAACUUCAGAAAAUUUGAUAAUAUAACAGGGAAGUCUGUUGUUGGAUGCAAGUCGGUUCUAAUUGAAGACCAUGUCCUAAUAAUAGUCACCCAGCUCUUUGGUGGUUCCCACAUUUACAAGUUCGAUGAUCAACAAAACAAGUUCAUCAACUUUCAAACUGUCGAGGUGUUCAACAUCUCAAAGCCAAAUGAUAUCGAAGUCUUUCAGAUGGAAGGUGAUUGGUACUUCCUGAUUGUGGACAGCUCCAAGGCAGGCAUGUCUACUCUGUACAAGUGGACUGACCAGCCAGAACGUAAUGAAACUGGUUUCCACUCCUACCAGUUUCUCCAUGAAUGGUUUCGUGAUACAGAUGCUGAGUAUGUUGAGGUGGAUGGGAAGUCUUACCUGAUCUUAGCCAGUCGCUCUCAGUCGCCUGUCAUCUACCUCUGGAACAAGAGUACACUGAAGUUUAUAUUUCAUACUGAAAUCACAAAUAUUGAUGACGCAGUGGCAGUCAAAGCUUUCCGGGUGGAGGGUGACUUGUAUCUGGCCAUGACUUGCUACAUUGGUGACUCCAAAGUCCUCAAGUGGACAAACAAGCAGUUCUUUGAAGUGCACGCUCUUCCCUCUCGAGGGGCAAUGAUCCUCCAGCCGUUCUCCUUCGCAGACAGGCACUAUCUUGCUCUUGGCAGUGACUACUCUUUCACACAGAUCUACCUCUGGGAUGCAGAGACAAAAACAUUUCACAAGUUCAAGGACAUUUAUGUGCAGUCACCCCGGUCAUUUACCGUAAUAACUACUGACCGAAGGAGUUUUAUUUUCUCCUCCAGCUUCAAGGGAAAAUCAAUGGUUUUUGAACAUAUAUUUGUAGAUUUAAGCUUAUAAUCCUACAAAGAAUGGUACUAAUCCCAAUAUACAGUGCUUAACAAAUUUAUUUGACCAUUUGUCAUAUAAGUAAGAAAACACAAAUAUUUUAGAAGUUUGUCAAAAACUUGUUUAAAACUAAAAAUGAAUUAAUUCAUUCAUUUUUAUUCCCAAAUUUGAGCUGGUGCGCUGGACUUUAAAGAAAUUAAAGGCAUAACAUUCAGCCACUAACAUUAAUGUUCAGGAAUGUAAGUAAAUAACUGUAAUUUGGCAUCUUAAUAAAAAAAAUGAUAAUGUGCUUUAACAUUUUUUCAGCUGUUUUGCAAAACAAUAAACUUGCAAAUUCGUGGACAACAACAAUAAUUAUAUUUUAGCAUUAACAACAUUUUUGAUUAAACAGCUUGUGCAUGCUGGCGGAUUAACCAUUAUAGAAAUGUAAAAAAUGAUUUUGGUAAUUGCCAAAACUGUUAAUUUAGGGCAGUUGUGGCAUAAACUUUAGUGGCGGUCUAAUAAAUUUGUCAAGCAGUGUAUGUCACUUACCUAAUUCAUAAAAUGUCUAUGCUAUAAAAGGAGUGUCAAAUGCAGUGUAUUGUACUUAUGCAACUAGAGUCAUCAUUUUUGGUUUGAGACUAACCUUUUGUAUUGUAUGAAUUCAAGAGGUUAAUGCAGUUAAUGUUAGACCGCAGGUAACCGAAGGCUAACAGAAAUAUACAACAAGGGCAAUUGUUCAAACGCAACUGCAUGAAGAAAUUUUUAUGGCAACCCAGAUAUAUCCUUAAAAAGUUUUGGCUUUUAUCAUAAUUCUGUCAAACAAACAAGCCAGCCAAUGCCCACACUGGCCAAGACUAUCCCAGAGUACUGCCCUCCUGUCCCCACACAGGAAGUUAGUGAGCAACUUAACACAGUACUUUAUGGUGCCCUGUGUGAACAAAACAACCUUUGCAUGUCACAUCAAAGUGAAUGCUGAAAAAAACCUAAACUGAUUGUGUCAUAUAGCUUUGUAUAAUCUGUAGUGUCUGCCUAAGUCUGAAGAAAAAACUGCAACAUGUAGCCCCCAAAAUUUGGAUGUUUGAAAAAAGACACCAUUUCUGUGGGUCAACCACUGCAAAUGUCAAAUGUUACUCAGGAAGUCAUUCUGAGUAGCAAUUAUUUCACUUCAAGAGAAUGGACAUUUUCUCUGAGAAGCCAUCGGAAAUUUUGAAGCCAUUUCAUAGCAGUGAGUGUUGUAAAAGUGCAUGAUGCACACUUUUCAUCUGUACCAGAAAACACAGAGGAAUGUGUUAGAUAAAUAUUGCUAGCAUAAACCUAAACCAAACUCCAGUACAUUUAUAUCAAGCUACUGUAUGACUAUGCUACUGAGUGCCUAUUUAAUAGCAAAACAACAUAUAUAAUUUACUUUUGAUUCCUAUGCAAAAUGUAUAAUAAAAGUGUUAAUACAGAAUAAUAAUCACGAUGCUAAUUGUGUGCUUUAAAGCCUUUGUAGGAGGCAUUUUCAUUAAGCAAAAAAGAAAAAAGUGUGCUCUUUUCUGUAGUGAUCUUUUGAUAUUUUUCACCUACUGUAAAGAUUUUUUUCACACAUCAAACAAUGGCAUCAUUUACACAUUUUUGACAAUUAUCAGUCAGAUAAAAAUCAGAAAAUGCUAACAAGUAUGAGCAAUAUAUUUUUGUCCUUUCAUCAGUCUUGAUGUCCUACCAAUAGUAAUGUAUAAAUAUUUUUUUCC